GUAUAAAAGCUGAAAAUGUCGAGGGUUGAUAUUCAGUCUUUGUUGAAAUGUCUUACCCCUCACAAGAUUUUUGCGACUUCCUCGAGGAUUAUGAGUGCAUUGCUCAUGAUUUUAGAGCCGUCAAGUUGUUUAAGGAGAAGCAAUUUCGAUUGGAUGAUUGUAGGAUAAUCAAGUUUGGUUUCUCAUUGCAAUCUUUUAAAGAAUUCUUGGAAGCGUUAUCCAACAUAAUAAUGGUUAAUGGAAGUGAUCCUAUUAUAUUGGAACAGCACCGUAUUGAUGUUUUUGAUAACUACGUUCAAUUGAGUUAUGCAUCAAAUGCUAGGAGUGCGAUUCAUUUGGGACUUGAGGCUACAGGUAAAUUGAAGAUUUUCGGAGGAUGGAUUAGUUCGAUGAAUGAUUACAAUUUCAUUGAUAUUUUGGAUACGCUCAUGGACUAUGUUGUCAACAAGAUGAAAGAUGGUGUUCAAUUGAAUCAGGCUCUGAUCAUCAGUGCUAUUGAAAGAGUAAUAGAUUCCGGAAUAAGGUCUGAUUUGUAUGAGCUGCUGCUUAAUUUUAAUGAGUAUCUGGUUAAGGAAAUUAAAAAUAAAAUUUUUAAUCAGUCUCAAUACUUAAGUUUCUACGAAUUUAAUUAA